GUCCAAGCUGAGAGCGUUUCUGACUUCGGCGCUUCCUUUCAGGCCGGCUCGGCUGCACUGCUGUUCAUGUGGACUGCUCAGAGUCCGUGAACUAAGCGGGCCCCUGUCCUGACCAGAGCGUGGACACGGAGCCUCUCCUCCCGCCGCGCUCUAGCUGCCUCCAAGGAACCCAAAGCAGCUUACAUUCCAUUUUUAUCUUCAGAGCAACAACGCUGUGAGGUGGGGAACCAUGGCUUACCAAAGCUUCCUGCUGGAGCCGAUCAGCUGCCAUGCCUGGAACAAGGACAGAACUCAACUGGCCAUCUGUCCCAAUAACCACGAAGUGCACAUUUACAAGAAAGAUGGAGCGAAGUGGACCAAAAUUCAUGAGCUGAAGGAGCACAACGGACAGGUGACAGGCAUCGACUGGGCCCCGGACAGCAACCGCAUCGUGACCUGCGGCACGGACCGCAACGCCUACGUCUGGACGCUCAAGAGCAACGCCUGGAAGCCGACGCUCGUCAUCCUGCGGAUCAAUCGCGCCGCCCGCUGCGUGAGGUGGUCUCCCAAGGAGAACAAGUUUGCCGUCGGCAGCGGCUCAAGGCUCAUAUCCAUCUGCUACUUUGAGCAAGAGAAUGACUGGUGGGUUUGCAAACAUAUCAAGAAGCCCAUUCGAUCGACAAUCCUUAGCUUGGACUGGCACCCCAACAACGUCCUCCUGGCAGCCGGAUCCUGCGAUUUCAAAUGCAGGAUUUUCUCAGCCUACAUCAAGGAGGUUGAGGAGCGGCCAUCACCCACCCCCUGGGGAUCAAAGAUGCCGUUCGGGGAGCUCAUGUUCGAAUCCAGCAGCAGCUGCGGCUGGGUCCACAGCAUCUGUUUUUCGGAGAGCGGCAGCCGCGUGGCCUGGGUGGGUCACGACAGCACCAUCUGCCUCGCGGACGCCAACAAGAAAAUGGCCGUGGCCUGCCUGUCCACAGAGACUCUGCCUCUCCUGGCCGUGACCUUCAUCACCGAGAACAGCCUCGUGGCUGCGGGCCACGACUGUUGCCCGAUGCUGUUUACAUACGACGAGCAGCAGGGCAUGCUGGCUUUUGGGGCAAAGCUGGACGUCCCCAAGCAGAGCUCCCAGCGCGGCCUCACUGCUCGUGAGCGCUUCCAGAACCUGGACAAGAAGGCCAGCUCGGAUACCAGCAACGCCUCCCUGGACACACUCCACAAGAACAGCAUCAGCCAAAUCUCUGUAAUCGCCGGCGGGAAGGGCAAUUGCUCCAAGUUCUGCACCACAGGAAUGGAUGGAGGGAUGAGCAUCUGGGAUGUUAAGAGCUUGGAGUCAGCUAUGAAGAAUCUCCACAUCAAGUGAAAGGGCAGCUCCUUAGUGCAGUGUUUUUCCUUGCCUCCAGUUGAGGAAGAACUUAAGCCCAGCAGCUCAGCCUCCUUAGCUCCUGUCUUCUUUCCUGCAGCUUGACAUACCCAUGAAGAUCAUCUCAGCAGCUUUGCAAUUUCUUGGUGCUUUGUGAGCAGACACGGCUUUAAAGAUAUACUGUGCUUAAGAAAUGACACAGAGCCACUGGUCAUGAUUAGCAAGUAAAACUUGUUUUUCUUCCCCACA